UUAGUUUAAGAAUUACUACCAGACAUAUGGGUUGUGCAAACGGUAUAAUGGCUCCAUUAAAAUUGUACGCCGAUUUAAGGUCACAGCCUAGCAGGGCGGUUUAUAUUUUGUUGAAAGCGAACAAAAUUCCUUUUGAAUUUGUAAAGGUGGAUCUUUUUGCGGGCGAGCACAAACAGGACAAAUACACCAAGAUCAACCCCAGUCAGCAGGUUCCCUUCAUAGAGGACAACGGAUUCACCUUAGGAGAAAGUGCAGCAAUAUUAUGCUAUAUUGCCCAGAAGAGCGAAGUGGCGGAUCACUGGUACCCGAAAGACCCGAAAAAGAGGGCUCGCGUUGAUGAAUACCUACACUGGCACCAUUCAACUAUUCGAUUGAAUGCAACUACGGCUUUCAGGCUCCAGUUCUUUGAAGCUCUCGCUGGAAGACCAAUAAACCAGGAAGAAGUUGCAAAAUACAAGACAGGACUAGCAAAUGUGAUCACACAGCUAGGAAACAGCUUUUUGAAGGGCCGCUCUUUUCUUGCUGGUGAUGACAUCUCGGUCGCAGAUUUGCAGGCACUUUGCGAAUUGAUGCAACUAGAUUCGUUGGGUCAGGGAGAUUUGUACUUGUCCAAUGGCAAUGUUAAGAAGUGGAUGGAACGAGUGAAAGGAAAAGUGAAGCCGUUGUUAGAAGAAUGUGAUAAGGACGGAAUUGCAUGGUUAAAGAAAACUUGGUCGGAAAAAUCAUAGACUUAAUAAAUAACAACAACUUUCAGCAUACGUCUUUGUUGCUUAUAUACAAUUGAUAAUGAAUAACUUGUAAAUUAUGUUGAUGAAUGUUUACAUAUUUUCUGGUUCGAGGUACAAAAAAGCAAUACGAUGUUUCAUCCGUUAUAGGAAAUAUAUGAUAGUGAGACACUGCAUGGAAGAUGAAACUGCAGCGACAACAAACAAGAUGGGAACGCUCAAGUAGAAAUGAAAUUCAUUUACUUCAAAACUGCUGUCAAACCAAUCUAUUACCUGUCCAAAAGAAUAGUUCAUUUUAUUAAUCUUUUUCAGUAUUUUAAUACACUUUAAUUGGUAAUGGCAAUCUUUUAACGUAACUCCUAUUUUGUAAAUGACCUUAACUAAAAAAAGCCAUUUGAUCAAAUACCAGUAUGUACGUAGUGAAGCUGUUCAAUUCCAGUAUAUCUUUGCUUUAAUAUUUGAAUGAUUAGAAUGCAAUUCAAACAUGUCUGUAACUAUAGAUACACUUGAUAUGCAUGAUAUUAUGUAACAGAAUGAAAUAAAGACAAUGAAUUGUUUUGUUCGAAA